AUGCACAGCAAAGCCAAUAAGAAGCAACUCAAAGAAAUCUUAACAACAUCCGUGCUGGAACAAAUAUUAGAUUUCGUUCAAAACGAAAGAGAAGUAGAAUUAUUAUUUGAUAAAAACUUAACAAACGUUGAAAGAAAAACGGUUCAUAACUUGAUUGACGAAAUCAGUUGUAUGCAUACUUGCGAUGUUGGAAAUAUCACACAAAUGGAGUUAAUAGAACAAAUAAUUGAAUACAAUGACUACCAUUUGCAUACGGAGAGCUCUGGAAAGCAGCCGAAUAGACAACUUGGCGUAUACAAAGACGCAAAAGAUUUUAUGUUUCUGGUAAUACCGGAGGAUUUAAGAGAAGAAGAUAUCGGAGAUAAUGAGAAGGAAAAAAUAGAUGAAUCAAAAGAUGAUUCAGAACAAGCAGAGGAAAAUACUAACGAGGAGUUCAAGUGUGUUGGAAAAGAAGUAUCUAGUUCGUAUUCUGAAGAAAAAUCAAUUGACAGAAAUGUUACCAAAGGAGAAAUUAAUGAUGCAACGGAUAAAAUAAAAAAUCAAAAUACAGAAGUUAUACAUUUGUGCAAUGACGAUAGUACCACUAAUACAGAUAAAGAAAUUUCAUUUCAAUCGUUAUUUAAGAAGGCAGAAUUUCCAAACAAUAAAAAAUUCAGAAAAAAACUAGCGGAAGAAGAACACAAAUUAGUUUUUAAAGAUGAAUUAGCAAAAAAUGUCUCGAACAAAACAUUUACGGUAAUGGAAGUGUUGGAAAAAGUUGUUGAAUAUUUAAUUGAUUUUGUAAACGAUAACAGUUUCUCGGAGUUUAGGUUUUUGGGGUCAUUUAACGAAACAGAAUAUGAGGCUGUGGGGAUAUUUUUUGAUAUUUGUUCGGGAGACCCCAGUGAUAAUAGUGAGGCGGCAGAAAAAUUAAGAAAAGCCCUCAACAGCAAUACACAUUGUUAUAAUCUAGGGGUGAACAGCAAUGGUACCACUAUGUAA